CUUUCCUUUGCUUUAUUUUAUUUUAUUUUAUUUUGUUUGUUUUGUUUUCAGUUAUAUUCAAAUUAUUUUUCCUUCCUUUUUUUGUUUUUUAUCCUUUAUUCUUUAUUUGAAAAUAAAAUAAUGGUCAAGUCUCUUGAGCAAUACUCGUCCAACGACGACAGCAGCAGCAACAGUGACAAUGGAGAGUCAGAUAAUGAACUUUCACAAAACCUUUCUGGAUCAGAAAGUGAAAUAGAAGAGGAAGAAAACACGGAGACCAAAGCCGAUCGAAUUCGCAAGCAGCUUGCUGAAGUUCCCUUUAGCCAAUUGAUCCGGAUUCAACAACAAAUGGGCAGCAAAAAAUUCAACCAAACGAUCGCAGGAGUAAACGGGGGAGGAAAGGAGAAGGCAUCGAAGACGAAAAAACAGGUUCAAAGGGCGUUGAAAAUGCAGCAUUUGGGACAGCAGAUGGAGUCCGAGUCCGAGUCAGAUUCUGCGUCCGAGUCUUCCGAUAGCGGACCGGAGACUGUUUUGAAAAAACCCUUGGGCCGUAAUGCCAAUGGCAGUGGCGGUAAGGUGGAUUUGCACCGGAAUAGCAAAAAGAUGCCCACUCAGAUGUCCUCCAAGCGACCAGUCAGCCGGUUCCGCCAAGUGGUGGAAAGCACCAAGCCGACCACCCGCGACCCUCGUUUCGACAGUCUCUCUGGUAACUUUAACGAAGAUCUUUUCGAGAAAUCCUACGAUUUCCUUGACAAGCAGCAGGAAGAGGAGAUUGAGCAAAUGCGCAAACAAGCGCAGCAAAUAAAGGACAAGGACCCAGAGGAGGCCGAGAGAAUCAAACUAGCAGUUGGCUCUAUGCAGUCAAGGAUCGCGGCCAAGUCUCAGAAGAAGCAUACUCAGGAGCUUAUGAGGAAGCAUAGGAAGAAGGAGGAGGAGGCGGUGAAGGAAGGGAAGAUGCCGUAUUUCUUGAAGAAGAAGGAUCUGAAGCAGAUUGAGGUUGCUGAGAGGUUUAGUAGGUUGAAGGAUUCGUCGGCGCUGGAUACGUUUUUGGAGAAGCGGCGAAAGCGCAAUGCUACGAAGGAUCACCGCAAUAUGCCGUAUCAGAGACGCGAGCAGUAAUAGUGUAUUUGGUUUUGGCUGGCUUUUUAAAAAGCUUGAGAAUAAAUUGGUCAAAGAAGGAAAACUAGAGAGGCAUUUGAAUUGUUGUCGGGCGUUGUUGGGUACUACUGUGAUUGCAAUCGAUGGUUUCUGAGAAAGAAAAAAGUGAUUGGUGAUGGUGAUGAUGGAAGUGAGGGCGGUGGAAAAUCCUUUGGGUUGUUUGUAUUUUUUGUAUCUCCUUUGAAAAACAACAAAUCGAGGGACAGCGGGGAUAGGAAAGAGGGGG